AUGGCACUGUGGACCCCAUACGCCGAAGACGCCGCCCUGGACUUGUCAACCAAGUGCAAGAACCCAACACUGACAUCGGAUUACUGUCCGAACAAUAUAGUGUAUGGAUAUCCCUAUCCGAUCCCGGACCCACAUCCAUACUAUGGAUAUCCUGCGGGUACGUACGUACCGGUCCCGCGAUCAUCGCCUUUAUCGGGAGACAGCAUGUGCUCGUUCACUACGCCGGUCAGUCCACGCAUGGGCAUGAUCUCACCACCGGCGUCGCCGACCUCUCAGCACGCAGUACAAGCAGGCGGGAAGAGGUCGAGCUACAUGGACGUGGAUUCGCUGUCGGACGACCCGGACUUCCAGGAGUUCGAGAAGGAUACGCUGCGGGCGAUGGCGGAGAAGAACGGCGGUAGUCUGCUGGGCAACAACCCUCGCAUGCGGCGAGCGGUGCAGGGCAGCGCGGCGGCGGACGACUCCUACCGGCGCCAGCGCGAGCGCAACAAUCAUGCCGCUAAACAGAGCCGCGACCGCCGCAAGCUAAGGGAGAUACAUCUAGCGCUUAAGGUCACCUAUCUCCGGAACGAGCUCGCCAAGCUCAAGAGCCAGCUCACCUCCAAGUCUUGUGUGCGCUGUCGCCAGCCGUAUCCUUACUGA